GAGCUCCUAGCAUUAGGAUGUUAUUCAAAUCUUACAACUUCAGAAGGUUUGGCAUGUAACAUUAAUAUCAGGUUCAACAUGCUAAAGGAGACAGAGGAGUUCCCUGCAGUUGAAACUUGAAUGCUCUCUCAUAUGUUUAGAGUGGAAUAUGCACCAUGAGAACACAAAAAGUCCAGAACUUACUAUUCAUGGGUUUUCUUUCUCUCUUGGAUUGCUUAUUUAACCGUAUUUGUGCUUAUUUUAUUGACUGAUUGAUUUUAUAUAUUUAUGUACUCAUUUUUUGAUGGAGCAGAUAGUAACCUUAGAACAUGUGGUUGAGGAGAUUGUUGGAGAAAUCUUUGAUGAAAAUGAUCCAAAGGAGGAGAUCCAGAAGAAAACUGGCUAUAUUGUAAUGAGAGCAGAGGGAGUAUAUGAUGUCCAUGCCCAUGCAUCUGUUUAUUGGCUGAGGACUUGAAUAUCAAAAUGCCAGAGAUAUUAGCUGCAAAUGCCCAAAAGGUUAGUGCUGUUCAUUCUGAGCAGAUAAACAAUGGGGAAGCAAUGUCAGAGGCCAAAGAUGUAAUUCAAUUGAUUCCCAAAAUCAUGAAGAGGAAAGGGAACGCUGACAAAUUGGAUAACAUUACCAAUGAUGAGAAUGCAUUUCAGAAGAGAUAAGAGAAUUGCCUUUCUAAUUACUAUGUAGUUCUGAAGAUACAUAAGAUAAUGGCCAUUAGCUACAUUGCAUAUUCUGUUUUCUUUUUCUUUAGCUGCUUUUCCUUCCCGUAUUCUUACUGCCCCAUGAAGAAGAAACGGAAGGAAACCACAGGAUUACUAGGUAGACUAACAUUGUAAUACUUUUUGACGGAUGAAGUAUCAACAUUUGAAAUAUCAUCAUGGUAAGUUGUGCAUAUCACACUCUCUGGACCAUAAAUUCUUCAAUAGUGGAGUCUGAAUGGCAACCUGGGUAUUCCUGCUCUGCAUACUGGCUUCUCUUUUGAGUGUACACUGAAGACGCAGCUGUGAAAGCAUGAGUUCAGGGUGGAAAAGUGAUCUAGAUGGCACGUAAGUUAUAGCUGCAUUGAUCUGCCUUGAUUCAAGCAACAUCCGUAAGAGCUCUUUCUCCAGCCUCAUCUUCUUGGCUCUCUCCAACUGUCUGAACCUUUCUUGCAGAAGAGCAAUGGAAGGAUGAACGACUGUUAGAUCAAUCUGUCUAUCUCCACUCAUUGAAAGAUGAAGAGUACACUUUACAGAGACCUCAAAUGCAUAUGCUCAUAAUAUAGGACAUAGCUAAGACUAAAGAUGAUUAUUUUAAUUCGUUCAUUCCAGCUAUUUGAUUCUGUACGACUAUAAGUUGGAAUGGACAAAGGCAGCUAAGCUGCAAAGUGGACGGACCUUCCCAUUAUAUUUAGCUUUGAACAUUCUUCUUUUUUCAUUUGUGGACAACACAAAGCUUGAACGCUGUGAACACAAUUCGGACUUUGAUGUUUUUAUCAAAGAAAACCAUUUUAUGGUG